CAUCGCAGCAGCAUUGUCACAGCCGCAGCUAGCCUAUACUCGCCAAGAUGGGUCGUGUUCGUACCAAGACUACCAAGCGCGCAGCGCGUGUGCUUAUCGAGAAGUACUACCCGCGCCUCAACGCGCUCGACUUCCACACCAACAAGAAGGUCAUCGAUGAGGUUGCCAUCAUUCCUUCCAAGAGGCUGAGGAACAAGAUUGCAGGCUUCACCACCCACUUGAUGAAGCGUAUUCAGAAGGGACCGGUGCGCGGCAUUUCUUUCAAGCUGCAGGAGGAGGAGAGGGAGCGCAAGGACCAAUACGUCCCAGAGGUCUCCGCACUCGACACACAAGCACAGGGCGGUCUCGAGGUCGACCCGGACACCAAGGACAUGCUCAAGUCGAUUGGCUUUGACUCCCUCCCCGUCACUGUCAGCCAACCCGUCACCGCCUACCAACAGGAGAGGCGGGGCCGGAACGUUGUCGGUGCUGGCCGGCGCUAAGCGCUUCCUGGCGGUCGCUCUUGUGGACAUGGUUUGCUAUGCCAUCGAUGCAAGCCUUUGAUCCCGACACAUGGACACGAGCGUCAGUCUCAAGGGAUGUAAGAGGCUGGACGCAUCUCUCAUGCCAUGCUGCCGAAGAGAAUCCGGCAUGGAGGAGUGAUUGCGAUGCGACGAGCGAGGCCGAGUGCUUCUCAUACGCAUCAAAAGCUGGCGGAUCCCAGUCGAUGCCGGCAUAAAGCACGGCCUCGGGAGCUGAUGUCAAGACUCGCAGCAUAUAUGCCACUCGGGUGUAUUGUACUAUGAACAAGGCUUCUUUUGCUCAUCUU